AUGGAAUUGGAGGACCAGAAGGUUGAGUACAAGCCAGGAGCCAACAACGUCGUUGCUGAUGUACUCUCCCGUUGUCCGUACUACCAACAAGAGGCGGAGAACCAGACUGAAGCAGCACACGGCGCCACAGAAAUAAAGCGUUGUUUUCUUGUGCAAGCAGUAGAUGAGGACUCGCUGGAGCGUCCACGUUAUCCUAAGGCGUGGACUCCUCUGGAGGAUGGCGAGAGUGAUCGGCAGUGGAAAAUCAGGGUGCACAGUUAUCUGAACACUUAUGUAGAGUCAUUUCCAUGA